AUGACAGAAAGUGAACGUUUGAAACUUUGCAUGAAGCACAAGAGUGUUCCCACACACCCCACCCUCCCUAUCUGGCAUGUCUUUGAAGGGAUUUCUUCUCAGUUCUGCGACGUUCUUGUUCUAUCUCACUAUGGGCUUGCUAUUUUUUUUAAGAUGCUUGAAAAGAACUGCAGUCACCCUGUCUCCAUUCAUAUAUACAUAUCUGGAGAAAAAUAUCCUUCAAGUCCACUCUCGUCGGGUUGA